AUGGCUGAUCAGCAGGAGAAGGCUGCUACGGCUGUCCCUCAAACCCAGCCUCCUACCCAAGCUGCCGAGACCACAACCCAAACAACCGCAACCCCAGCUCCAGAGGUCCAAGCAGAACAGACGCAACCCACGGAGUCUGGUCCGAGCGCCGCCGCCGACACUACAACUGAGCAACCCACCAACCCACCUGCCGCAGAAGCUCCGAAGGAAAACGCAGCUCCAGCCCCGGCCCCGGCCCCGGAGGAUGCGCCAGCGGAACCUGCGCCCGCACAGGAGCAGCAGGAAGAGGAGAAGCCUGCAGACAAUAAGCCCGAGUAUCUGGCCAAGAACCCUGCUUUGAGUGAGCUGUUUGAGCGUCUGCCUACUGUGCUCUCCAACAGUGGUCAUGAUGAAAUGUGGGGUGUCCCCCUCAGGGAUUCCAGCGAUAUUCCGACGGUCAACGUUCUGAUCAAAUUCCUUCGUGCUAACGAGGGAAAUGUAAAGCUGGCUGAGGAUCAGCUCACCAAGGCGUUGCAGUGGCGCAAGCAGACCAAUCCCACAGCAUUGGUCGAGGGCCGCUACAGCGCCAAAAAGUUUGGCGGAUUGGGAUACUUGAGCACGUACAAGGAUGCCGACGGCAAGGAAACCAUUAUUACCUGGAACAUUUAUGGAGGCGUCAAGGAUCUUAGUACAACGUUUGGAAAUGUGGAUGAGUUCAUCAACUGGCGUGUUGCACUCAUGGAGCUUGCCGUCAAAGACUUAAAGAUGGACCAAGCUACGUCGGUUAUCGACUACGAAGGCGAGGAUCCUUAUCAGAUGAUCCAGGUUCAUGACUACCUCAACGUCAGCUUCUUGCGCAUGAACCCCAGCGUCAAGGCCGCUACAAAGAAGACCAUUGACGUGUUCGCCACGGCCUAUCCAGAGCUGCUCCGAGAGAAGUUCUUCGUCAAUGUCCCCUCUAUCAUGGGUUGGAUGUUCGCGGCCAUCAAGGUCUUCUUGAGCAAGAACACCACCCGCAAGUUCCACCCUAUUUCCAACGGCGCCAAUUUGGCACGGGAGUUCCCGCCUGCCGUCAAGGAACAGUUCCCCAAGGUCUACGGCGGAAGCGCUCCUGCUCUGCACGAGGGCGCCCGUACGGUGGCCCUUGAGGAGGACAACGAGCCAGCUCCUACCCCCGCUACUGCCGCGGAACCUACCGAGAACGCCAAGCCAGAGCUAGAAGCCCCCAAGCAGGAACCGGCCGCGGAGGCCCCCAAGGAGGAAGCUCCCAAGGAAGACCUGGUGGAGGCCCCCAAGGAGGAACCCAAGCAGCCAGCUGCCGAAGAGCCGGCCAAGACUGACACGGCUGUUACGACCCAGGAGACAGUGGCUCCCACUGAAGCCAAAUAGAUGUAACGACUUUGUUUCUUUGAUGUUCUGGCCGAGCCAGCUGCUUUUGAUGGUAAUGGUAGGGUUAAUUGGUGAAGAAGAAUGCGUAGAGUGGUUUGCGAUGCUUGAUUUGGGUCUGAAAUUUUUGAUACCUCGGAAAGUUUGUGUUUAUGUCCACAAGAGCCUGUUUGUUCUGAAUCACUUAGUUAAUUAGAAUAGUAAUUAUUAAUAAUAGUCCAGAAGCAACGAAGGUGAUUGUU